GCACCUCUUUGAAAGUUCUUCUUGAAGUUCAGGUCCCUGUGAACCACAAAUUACAAUGUGCGGAGGUGCUCUUGAAAGCAAACAAGUGGAAGGUAGCUGGGGAGCUGCUGAACCAGCAAAGAGCCCAGCCUGAGUCACAGUGUCUUGUCCCAUAACAAGGUCCAUGAAAGCCGAGCAGAAUUGCGCAGACUCAUUUAGGAAGGUUGAAUGCUGCAGGACACUGCAGCAUUGUUUACUUACAAGCUGCAUCCUGCAAUUCUGGUCAUUCAUAUGGUAAGGUCGGAGCGUGGGAGAGCGUAUGCAAUGUCAAGCAGCCGUCUCUACAACACGCCUCUGCUGGAUUCUAGGCUGACUUUUCAGUGGUCCGAUGCUGGCACAUUGAGAACACUGCAGCAUUUUAAUUUCGCACUGUUCUGUACAAACCUGCAUUGACUUGCCUAGAGAGGACACAAUGGCUGCAAAUUCCAGCCUGUAUCAGGAGUACCAGAGUCAGGGCCCUGGGGGCAGCAUGAACUUGCUCAACAUCCUUGGAGCCUCCAAGUCGCUGACGCCUGGACAGGGGCUCUUUAUGGUCAAGAGCAUCACUGUUUCUGUCGCCGCUUCCUUCUGCUUUGGGGCGGUCAGCAUGAUGUUGCUUGGACCAGGACUGCCGUUUCUGGGCGGAGCAACGUUUGGGUUUGUGGGGGGGAUGAUCCACCGGUGGCGGACGGAUCUCAAGGAAACGAAGUUCGCCAUGCAAAGCUACCCAGAACUCAUGGAGUUUCACGUCAAAGCGGUCGAACCGGACCUGUUUCGGCGGCAGGAGUACUCGCGCUGGGUACUGAACUGGGAGCGCAACAUGUACAAACAGGGGUUGUGCAUCAUCGGCAUGUAUGGCGCUACGCCUGCGAUUGCACGGCUCACAGAGCAAGUCGAGGAGCGAAUUGUUGCCAAGAUCUUGGAUCAGCAGGAGGAAGGGAAGAUUGAAACGAGUCAGGAGACGGGCUUCGAUAGCUGAUUGAGGCGCGGCUCAAGUUGCAAACACAGAAGUGUACUUAGGGACGUCGGUUGUACCGACGGUCCAUUGGACUGUAAUUAAGGCCUGCAAACUAGAAGCUUAGCCCUACGUAAUAUAGGAAGACAUUUCAUAAUGUAUAGGAGUGACCUUGGUGUGGUCGGACCCGCGGCCUAUUGGUGGUUGCUUUGAAUCUAGUUAAACAUUGCACUGAUGUGCACAUGACCCGUCAAGAGUACCUCUGCAAUUGGCUCGUAUGCAACGG